AUGCUGCUGCGACACAUUGCUCUGCCGACGGAGGUGGAAAACUUGACAGUUGCAUGCUACCCCUCGGACGACUGGCGGAUGUUCCGGGCUGCGACGCCAUUUGUUGAUGCUGCAUUCGCCGCACAUGGGCCUCAGCUGCGCCAUCUAAAGUUCAACACCCCCCUCGAAGUAUUUGGGGCCAUUUCCUCCCAAGGCCCCGCAUUUCCUUUGCUAGAAGAGCUGAACAUUGCGUUGCGAAUUGUCUAUCGCAUGACAGACUACGCUGCUAUUAUACCCGAACUCGCAGCGUUCAUCAACCAACACUCGUCCUCACUGUCCUCGCUCACAAUCGACACUCCGGAUGCCAAAGUGGACCUGGUGGUGCUUUCCAGAAACCUCGGCCACCUUCCACGUCUCACAAAAGUUUUGAUCAACCAUCCCAUAGACUCCCGGAAUUUCCCCCGAGAGUCAACUGGGAUCGACGCAUUCCUAAAGAAGCCUGAAGGACCUCCGACUGUGCUUUUCCGGACCUUCAGUCGUAGACGGAGUUCCAGGAACACCGCCAACCUUCUUGCAUCCCGUCUUCCAACUCCAAUUCCCAAACCUCACCACGCUCGACCUCGGUCUAUCCCAUUGGCGCGAUUCUCCUCACUCCUCUGUUGA